AUGUCCGCUCCAACAGGGCAAUUUCAUAGGCUGUCCAUUGGUCAAAAUAUGCCACAUACAGCCUUGCCCUCUAGAGCGGCCCGCGCGGGGCGGCCGGACUCUUCCGACGACAGUGAUCGUGAAGACGAUAGCUCGUCGGAGAGCUCUAGUACUGGCGAAGAGGAGGAAGAGGAAAGCAGCGAUGAGCAGUCCGAGUCGACUAGCGCCUCCGUGCUCGCACCCUCCGGCAUUACCUAUGACCUUAGCCAACUAGAUUCCGAGUCUGAAGCCAGAGCACUUGUGGGCUUAUCCGGAUGUUUUGAUGUGGUCAACUGUCGCUCUACUCCCGCCGGGUAUGCCUUCCAACUGUUGGAUCGGCCACAGGUGCACAUUGGCUCGGAAUCAUCUACCUGCACGUGCUCGGUCUUUCAAGAUCGACCAGACGGGGCGUGCCAGCACAUCUUUUGGCUCGUCGAUCAAUUGCACGGCUGCUUCCUCCCCACGCCUCAGUCAACGGAGGUGACACUGACUCCAGACGGACGGCCGGACCGCCUCCCUCCCAUUGAGGAUCUUCUGAAGGGUAAGUUGAAGUCGGUUGCAACGCAACUCAAGUGGCAGUGCUUGGGGGAUGAGGAGGAUGGGAUGACACGGACAGAGAAGGUCCGGGAUAUCUUCUCUGCGUUCAGCAAACGGACUCUCCCAGAAGACACCCGCCGGGACUUGACAGAGACAAUCGAGCAAGCACGAACGGCAGAGCAGUGCGUGGUCCAGGGGGAUUUCGAGGCGACGAUGUUCCGACUUGCAGUGCACGACGACGCAGUUUUCAACAGCCUCUGCAAGGCGAUGCCCGCAGGCGCCUGUGCGGCCAUCUACUUCGACAAACUACAAGAACAGACAUGCCGACUACUAAACGACUUCGACCGAUACUGCAAAACGGGCGAGUUGCCCGCGGACCCCGUGAGCCCAGACUUUGGCAUAGAGGUCAACGACGUCGUAACGCAGCUUCAGCGUUCUGUAUCCCGGAUUGCAGUCAACAUCGCAGCACGCGCCCCGCACGGCUCGGAAGGCGCCGCCGAAGCCCUGGUGUCUCUCCUGGAGUCAGUGGUGGCACGCAAUAAUGAUCCCCUCGAAGGAAAUGCCCUGGGCCGCCAGUCCUUCCACGGCGAAGACGAGGACCAGCGCAAUCUAUAUCACUUGCUCAUCGGGUCGGUCGAAACAGACUCCGAAACAGACGCGCGGCACUUUGUUCUGAACGCGCUUGAUGCCCUGCCGCCGGUGGACCUCCACCAGUGCGCCAACCGCCUGCGCGACAUUCUCCGCAAGAUCGAAGUCAACCGUGCUCCGAAGCCAUACCUGCUCCACCUGGGAUCAUUGAUCCGUAUCGCUGAAUCUGCUGCCGCCACUGCUAUGGGUUCUGGACAAAAGCGACCGGCGGCUGGGAAUGGAAAUUCCGGGGGAUACUCAAAACGAACCCGUUGA